UUAGUUUCUAGAAACUCUAACGUCGUAAAGGUUCUUGGUUAGGAUUCAGAGUAUUUGCUAUGUGAGGAAUAUUUUUUUUUCCAAGGGAGGAAACAUCAAAAGGCCUCGAACGUGUCAAGCAAAUAACAGGUAGAUUUUUCCAUUGAAGAAAGUCGAGCGCUCAUAUUGCUUACUCUAGCCUAGAAGUACGUAAGCUUAUAUUAAGAUGGUUAUAUUUCCCCCCAUAGCCACUUGUUCUUAAACUAUGCUGCAAAGGCGGGAAGGGAAUUUAGUUUCUAAUUUUCUUUUCAUCCUGUGCUAGUAGUGCACGAAUUUGCUCUAUUUAUUUUAUUCAUUUUUCAACACCUUCUGUAUAGCAGUUGUUCAACUGUCCUCGUAUGCCAUGACAGUCACGCGUAAAAAUGAGUCAAAGCAAAGUGCGUAACUUGACCACUUCUGCUCUUUGGGACGAAAAUUUUAUUUGUUAUUUUUCCACUUUUUUUAGGAGGAUUAAAUUAAAUUGUGGAGAAAGACUUGAAUGACACAAGCACUCGAACCCCAUCAGACAUGGACCCUUCUGGGGGCAUAGUACAAGCUCCGAGAAGGUAAGCCACAAACUUGCAAAGUGAUCUGUAAUUCUAUCUUCUUUAUUCGUCUUCAUCUAUUUAUCUGAAAAGUUAUCAUUGUCCAUCAGUUUACUAAAAAAUAUGGACAUUCAUCAAAGAAUUUUAAUUCACCAUUUCGUCAAGCCGCAACGAAAACAAUUUAGGCCAUGUAUUUUAAUGCGUAAUUUGUCAAGCGUACGAUACAGGUUUACUCUCGAAGAUAUAUAUCAGCUCGAUUGUGGUUCAUUAAAAUUAUCCCUGGUUCCAACAUAAAUAUGUUCGCGUGUCAUGGGAGAAGGCACUGCACGUUCGUUUUUGGACGUAGUCAAUAUAUGUGCCCUGAGGUUAGAAAUAAUCGCUCAAUGUGUGGGAAAUCUAACGCUUGUCUCCGAACUUGAAACGAUCACACGCCGUGCAAAAUAAUAAUGAAUUACUAAUUCGACGUUAAUACAAUUUUUUUGCCUCUAACAACCUUAAAUGGGUUUUUCCAAAAAAAUAGGAGGCUUCUUUUUUAAAUCAGAGAGGUUGUAAUUUGGUUACUAAAAUUACAUAUGUCAGAGAAUUUACUCUGAAUUGUUUUGAUAAUACGCAAGUUAUAUAACUGUAUUACGUAGAUUGUAUUGGUCGAAAUUCCUAGUGCAAUCUAUUUAUGAUGAAAGCUAAAUAUAACUAUCAUACCACGCAGGAUAACAGAUUAGCUUUUAAGAUAGUUUCAUCUGACCAAAUUUGAACGCUUUUUCAUUUUUCUUCUUUUUUAUAAAGUAAACAAAAAAUAUGAAGUGGAUCUUUUGUUGUCUCAGAUAACAAAUAAAUUAACAUGGAAAACAAAAGGAGACAAAAACAUGAAUAAUAAUAUUAUUAUAAUAAAUCCAGGGCAAUCACACCAGUGAAUUUAUUAUAGCAAGAUCUUACAGUAUUCUAAUAAAUUUAUUCGCUGUUAAAUGCCAAGAGACAAAAGUACAGUGGAUCACAAUAAUAGUGUUUAAACCUUGUUGAGAAAAAAAGAUAAGAAUUAGAUGACCAGGAGUUUAAAAAGAUUCGGAAAAAAACAGUGUUUGACUUGGGAAGUGGAAAUCAUUAUCAAGAUUUUAUUGUUCUUCAUUGCUAGGGUAUAAGACGAGGAGAAAUAACUCUAACUCUUACAAUAUUAUUAUACCCAGACUACAAUUUAUAUCUAACAUCAAGGAGUCCGGGUUCCUGCUCACUUCUUGCUCGUCUUAGUCAGUUAGAGGAUGAAUUGCCUCGACCCUUGCCCACUGAAUGGGCAAAGGUGCAGGCAAUUCCGGGGUGGGGGGGAGGGGGUUCUCCUUAUGAUGGCCUAUACGGGAAGGCUCCGCCUGAAAGGGGUAUCUUUUUCAGGCUUCAGGUAUAUGAAAGAGUAGUGAUUUUACUGGUUGAAGUAUAUAAAAGGGUAGGGAAAUCUGUCAUUUAGGUCUGUGAAAGGGCCCAGAAGGGCUAACAGAUGAAUUUUAUAGCUUUAUAAAGUCGAGAAAAUGUUCUGUUUUUGUGAUUGAUUCCUAUUUAAAAGACAGUGCAUUUACAGAAGUUAAAGGGGAUGCAAAGUUCUAAACAAGGUGUGUGAAAGGGAUACCAUUAAUUUAUUUUGUCAAUAGAAGGUAUACGAAGGGGUACCUUUUUUGUGAAGAAUGGUAUAUAAAAGGGUUAGGGGGUGGCCUCAGGGCAGAGUCUCCCCUUAUAAACAUCAAUUUUGUUGAGUACCCCCCGGGGUCAAAUCAUCCUCUUAAUUUAUCAGGCAAGAGUGCUUUAAAAGUUACUCGCCAGCGAGAAAAUCUACCAGUCCUGGGCUUUUUUGAGCCCUGAUUUUGUAUAUUAAAAAAAAAUACUGCUCAGUAGCUUUCACUUGAAUGGUCACCCAUAGCUAACUCAACAGACUUAAAAGAAAUAUACUGACCAUAUUGUACAGUAUCCAAAACAAUAUCGUAGAAAAGUAAAGCUUGUGAAUAGCUUGAAUGACUUUCACUUAAAUGGUCACACCACAGGAUCUCAUCCACAGUCUCAGAAAGUACUACUUGUUUUCAUAAAAGUUUGACCAAAAAAGGUAAUAUUGCCAGAUACAAGUUUGAUCAUACUGCUUGGCACUAUUUAUAAAGCUUGAGUCAUCCUAUAUUUAUAUAUUUCUAACUGUACUGUACUUAUCUGUCACAGCUAGGAUCAUCCAUGUACAAUAUCACUGCUUUGCUCUAGUAGAGCCUGGUGGCCACUGGCACCUGACUUUUUCUUUCGGGGAACUUGAAAAUCUUAGUUUUUUCAUAGAUAUAAAACUUAGUGCCGGGCACCCUGAAUUCACAGGUUCAGAGCACUGGGCUCCCUUCAACUUUUGUUAGAGCACAUUUUUAUUAUAGCAAAAAGAAGUUAUAUGACAGUUUUACUAUCGUGAUCUCUAUUUUAGUCUUAACAGUGAGUAGAAUCUGAUUACUCCCUCAGUACUAUUUCCCUGUGUGAAGAGAAUAUAUGAGUAUAUUAUUACAGCUAGAAGGUUAAUAUUAAGAGCAGAAAUUGUCCUUUCUUUUGUCAAAAUUAAUCUUAUGCCACUUACUUAGGAUGACCCUUAAAAAAGUAAGGGGUAGGAUUAUCUUCUGGUCUUGUUAAUCAAUGGCUGUUGUAAUAAGGUCUGAACUGACACAAAAUUUCAUUUGGUACUUACAUAUUUACAUAGUGCAUAUUAAUUAAUCUUGAAUUUUUACAUGCACAUGUCUCUGAGUUAAAUUAAAGUUAGUUAAAAUAUACUCAUAAUUAUUAAACUGAUCAAAUUAAGUUGUAAAAUUUACAAAUGUGCAUUUCUUCUUCCGAUCAGUCAUAAAUAACUUAUUUAUGCAGUAGAGAUGAGGAAUUCUGGAACACUCAACAGCUCAGGCCUAUGUACAAUGCAUUAACAUGUGUGUAAGAAUUCUUUAAUAGGCAGUGAUUCCACUGUAGUACUCUUACAAGUCAUGUACUUCAGUGGAGGUAAAUUUAAUACACGUCAACUACCUCUCAUAGUUUUAAAUAUAGAAGCUUAUAUUGCUUUCUCUGUCAGUAUUAGGUACAUGUCAAGAAGUGGUGUUAAUUAGAACAUUCAAGAGAAGCUAUUCACAAUAUUAAUUUUUACGAACAAGUUUUAAUAAUACCGGCAAAAAAUAAAUGGAGUGGUGUUCAAGGCUCAGAAAUCAUUUGCAGGUUAUCAUUGCAGAUCAGCCAGGGUGGAAUGAAUAUUGUAUUUAAAUAUAUUGUUACGUGGGCAUGAAUUUCCACCCCAAAAUGGAGCCAAAAAGGAAAUUAUCAUAAGGAUUAUAAUAUACUAAUUGUCUUGAGUGUCCUUUAAGUGUUUUCAUGGCUAUGUUGUCAUAAAAAUUUUGAAAAUUUGUUCCUACUCCAUCUCAUAAUGACUGAUGUUAGAGUGUUCUCAAAAUUCUGAUCUGGGUAUAAAAUUCAUCUUCAAGCCCAGAGGCCAUGAGAAAAUGGUAAUUAUAACUUAUCAGAAUUUCAUUUGUUAGGUAAAAAAGAUAAGAGGCUUAACACAUUUGUCUGUUAUAUUUUAAUUGCUUAUUUAGGAUUUUUAAUUAGCAAUGGCAUCGUUGUUUAUAAAUGUGUAAUAGUGACAUAAUUAUUAUAAUCCGUGGAUCGUUAUAAAAAGGUUUCAUUUUUUUCAGAGGACUGAAAGUUUCUGUAACCAUGCACAUCAUCUAUGGGCUAUUUUUAAAACUGUGCUUUAAAUAAUGCUAACUUUUCGGGAUGUAGAGGAACAGUAUGAUAUUGAUGCAGUCCAACUGAAAUUCAUCAGAAGGUUUCUGACAGACAAAGCAACUAGACUACCUGUUUUAAAUUCACAGACAAUUUGCCUACAAUUAAUGUCAGCUGAUGGUCACAUGAGAUAUUAUUUGUGGUUACUUAUUAUAACUGCUUUUAAUAGUUCAUUGUACAAAAAAAUGAAUCAGUGCGUAAACAAAAUAACACGGAAUUGAUCAUUGAACUUCAAUACUGGUCCACGUGCAAACAAAGAUUCACGGCUACUUAAAUGGUCUAGGCUGGCAUAGAUUAUUUGUCCAGAGGCCGGGGGGCAGUUGUGUUUUGAGGAACUAAACACCAGAGUCUGUUACUCAAAAAUGAUUGGCAAGUUUUCAGUGAAUCUUUUUGCCAACAAACGAACAACCAUGGAAACCAAGAAUUGUCAUCUCAUGUAUGUGAUGGUAUUGUAUUAUUGUUCUUUACAUUUACUGUGCUUAUGUUUUGCAUUAUUAUUCACAUCAAUGAACUAGUUGUCAUUGAAUUUAUGAGAGCGAAGACGAUUAAAUUUUGAGCAACAUGAUAUCAGGGAUGUGAGAAAGUUUUCAAGAAGGUUGCUUAAUCAAUGAAAUAGAUGUAGAUGGCUGAUUUUGCCAUGUUCAACUUAACAGAAUCAAAGGAAUUGGCCAGCAGAAUAGCUAGCUAUAAACACAAAGUGGAAUGUGAUCUUUACUAGCUUCCGGCUACUUUUUAUAACCCUGUGAUAUGAAUGUUAAAAAAAAUUAAGUGUUAGAAGUAAACCGAGCAUUCAGCAACUGACUGUCAGGCUUAUCUUUAGGGAAUGUAUGUAUAUUAUCAUUGUUUAAUAUUUUGUUUAAUUUAUUGUUAUCAGCUGAGAUUAGGUUUGAUUUACUGUAAUCUCAAAAAAGUGUCAUUUUUAUUUUAAUUUGUCACUUUCAGGCUCAAGCCACCUGCCCCACCCCCUCCGCAGAAGGUGAAAAAAUGUGAUCCACUUGAUGUGGAGAUACAAGAUGUUCCUUCAAUCUUCAGUGUGUCAUCUCGCAAAGGACUGAUUAAACCACCACAAGAACAAGCCAAAGAUCCACUAGGUCUUGCAUUUAGAAAACUUGAUGAUCAAAUCCAGUCAGAAAAUGGUGACGGCGGCAGAUCACAGACAAAGACUGAUGAUGAAAAUAAGGUGCCACUCACCCAUAAUGGAGAGAAACUGCUAGCGAAAUUUUAUGCAAUGUUUUAUACUAAUGAUGGUUCUGAAAAGGAAUGGAAACUAGAGGUGGAUGGAUUUAUUCCAGUUUGUUUUGUACAAGUCUACGGAAAUGCCAACAAGCCAUUCAGAAUCAUUGCUGUUGAGAAGACGAAAAGGGUGAGUAUUACUUAAUAAAAUAUAUUAUUAUGGUGGCCCACAACUGUCACGGCAAAUCCAAAAACCUCACGGCAAAAACAAAAUACCUCACGGCAAAACCAAAUACUUCACAGCAAAAGCAAAAUAGCUUUGGUUUUGCCUUGGGUAUUUGCUUUUGCCCUGAGGUAUUUGGUUUUUGCCGUGAGGUUUUUGGUUUUGCCAUGAGGUUUUUGGUUUUGUCGUGAGGUAUUUUGUUUUUGCCGUGAAGUUUUUGGUUUUUCUGUGAGGUUUUUGUUUUUGCCGUGAGGUUUUUGGUUUUGCCGUGACAGUUGUGGGCCACCGUACUUAAUACUGUCCAGUGAUUUUGUCACAAAUAGUUAUCGUGAGUAAUAAGACUCAGCUUGUGAAAAAUCAUGAGUACCUGUCCAUAACCAAUGAGUUCCAGUUCAAAAAGAAAAAACAAGGAGUCAUAAAGUGAAAAUGCUUCGGCCUCUAUGUAACCAGACAGUUAAUCUGAAGACAGACUCCAAAACUCUGUAUUACAGUAUACUGAGAUUAAAAUAUUAUAGUCCCAUUGUAAAACACCACAAAGGCUAAAAGAAAUAUGCAUCGUUAAACAACAGCCAUAAUAACUGCCACAGAAGCUACAUGAAUGGUAUAUUUCUACAAAUACAAAUUUUCAGAUCGAUCAAUCAAUCUUUGUGUCCCGCGGGAUGCAUGCCAUGAAUUGUUUUGCGUCUUUGGGGAUUUUUAUGUGUCAGGGACGCAGGACGCAGAGGUAACAAAAUCACUAAAUAAGGGUUGGUCCUUCGCUUUCUUUACUCUUUUUAGCUGACUCUUUUUUAGAAGAACAUCUCCCUAAGAUGGACACAUAGGCCCGGUUCAGACGCCUAACUUUUCAUGAGCUGAACCUAAUACAUUGAAUCAAGUACAUGACAAGUUCAGCACCUGAAUCAAUUAUUAGGAAUGCCUGUUUCAAUUUGGAAUGGCUUAGCCAUUCUUUCUGCCUAGCCCAGCAGGGAAUUUCAACUUUAAUUCGACUUUAGAAUGGCUUUGAUUCAGACACCAAACUUUUCAUGUACCAAACCAAAUGCAUAAGUUAUUGUAACGUAUUUCCUAAGCAGUUUGACCGAAAUGAAUAUUUUUCUCCUUUUGAAUUUAGUUUGGCUAGAAUUAAGAUUGGCGUCUGAAUCAAUUCAGCCCGUCUAAAUAAUUUGAGUCGGCCUUUAUUCAAAUUAGGUGUGGGUCAGGAAAAGUUCGGUGUCUGAUUUGUUUGGAGAAGAUUACUAUUCUUAUUAUUAUUGUUGUUAUUAUUAUUAUUAUUUAAUUUUUUGUGAAGCUUGCUGCUACAGAGUAAUAAGACUAUUAAAGAGUGAUUGUUACCCAGUGAAAUUCAACCUUACCAGCAAUGUCAAAAAUUUAAAUAACAGUACAAUAAUUAUUGCUUUGCUACAUGUAUCGUUUACUUGUCAGUAAAGUUUGAAAAGUGUCACCAAGCAUUAUUUUUGUAAACUCACUCAAAGAACCAUUUAUAACAUCUUAUUUCUAAUGUUAAAAGAGCCUGGGUAUUGCUUGAAAAUUGCCUUUCAAGAGCAUUUAAAGGUACCCCAAGGUCUAAAACAGUACCACCAGUGAAUUUUUCGCACGCUUAAAGCAAAUUAAAAUUGUGUAAUGAGGAAGAAUCUGAGUCAUGUUUGAACAAAGAUUUGCACAACCUUUUGUGUAUUAUGUUAAUCCCGCAAUGUUUUUAUAACAAAGUAAACAGUCACAAAAGCUGUCAGCUUUAAUGCAAAUAUUUUGGGAAAUGAAAAAAUAGUGAUAGUGUUAAUUUAUUUUAAGUGGGUGGCAGUCUUUCAGUAAUAGAUGUGAUGUGUCUUUGACCCUAGAAGCAGUUGUUUGUAGAAUUGCUGGCUUAUCUACAUGUACAUGUACAUGUACAUGCAAAUGCAAGUCGUAGACAAAAAAUAAUAUUUUUGUAACAACGUUGUUGUUGAUUGUAUUAAAAGAAAUAUAUUUGUAUCCUGAAAUUGUAUCUUCUCAGCCAUAAUCAUAUACAUGAAAACAUUUCUUGAAUCUGUUCAGCUAAGAGCAGUGCAGUUUUUAGUGCUUUAACACAGUGCAAAACCGAGAUAUACAACCCUCCAAGUUAAAUUUUUCCUUUGGUGGCCAUUUGACGACCAGCUCUUUAAGUUUAGUCGCCAAAGGACCUUUUUAGCAGCCAAAAUAUAUAUUAAUAAUUUAAGUGUUAAAAUAAUUGGUUAAUAAUUAAUUUGGGCUUAAGAAUGGCGUUGUUCAGCCAAAACAAUGUUUCUAAACAGCAUUUACCAGGACGUACAAAAACAACAAAAUGUUGCGUUAAAACUGCCCUUAAAGCUAGUGUUCUUUCAGUAUUCUACGAAUGAAACCGCAUAUCGAGAAAUUAUUUACCUCUGUCCUAUGAAACUAAAAUAUUGUCUCCGUGACACAGCCUUAAAGGACAGCGUGAUCUAUAAGUCAACCCUGUAGCUUUCUAUCAGCCAAAAAACGCAAACAAAAAUACUGCUUGGGAGAUUGCAAUAAAUACUUUUUGCUCUAUUUUUGGUUAAGACAAUUGUUUUUCACAAAGUUGAGAUUCGUCUGAUGAUGAUGUUUUGUUGGUCUGCUAUGGUCGCUUUUUAAUUUAAAAAACGAUUCAACAUUUCAUGUUACUCAAAUUUAUUUUAAAAUGUUCCAUGCCAACUUUAACUUUCUGCUUUUCCAUUUAUUUUAACCCCCAAAAUAUUAUAUUUAUUUGCGUGUCAUAGACAGUGUUGCCCAAUUUCAAAACGAGGAAAACUGGUUACGAGUCUGUGUAUUAUAAAUUGGGGAAUAGUCCUGUUUCAUUGUAUUCAGAUGCAGCAUGAUGGCAAGUCCUGGAGGAUGAACAAAGAAAAUAAGUGGACAUGUUUAUGUAGUUUUUCUUUGAUUCUGUUCACUAGCCUUAGGACGCACAAUCCUGUUGAAUUAAAUUUUUAAUUUAUUGAAAAUGGGUUGUUGUAGUAUUUUGGUAAUAUGUAAGGGUCAAGCCAUUUAUUCCAAAUUUGAGGUUAUGUAUACUACAUCUGAGGAAAAUGAUUGAUUAUUGUUUUGCUUUGUUUCUUUUCUAGAUUAUGGAAUAUCAAGUAACUGUUAAUACAACAUGUGCGAGAAAUUCAACUUUUGUCAAGUGGCAAGAUGGGGUGUCAAUGUUUGGUGUUCGCUUUGCCAAAGACGAUCAAGCUGAACAGGUGUUUGUCACUUAAAACUAAAGGGAAAAAUCUCAUAAAAAAUUCAAUUGCCAAGUUACUUUUCAUAUCGUAAUUUUAAUAGUCUUGUCUUUACUCAAAAAUGUACUUAAAAAGGCUAACCUUUCGCUGAUUAAAGGGAAAAAUCUGACUAAAGGGAAAAAUCUCAUAAAAAAUUCAAUUGCCAAGUUACUUUUAAUAUCAUAAUUUUAAUAGUCUUGUCUUUUACUCAAAAAUGUACUUAAAAAGGCUAACUUUUUCGCUGAUUAAAAUUUAGAGUGAUUGUUUUCAAAUUGUUAAGGUUACAUGUACAUUUAUCACUGAAAGCAAGGACUUAAUUUUUUCUUCCUUAUCUUGCUGAGAGCAAGAGGUUUUAAGUUUUAGAACCAGUAUUGUUGAGUAGAAUGGUCCUUUAUGUUAACUCUGUUUGAUUAUUAUUUUAUGGUUUGACUGUUUGUGACUACCCAAAAGAGGAAGUUUUUUUUUUCAGAAAUUGUGUGUAAAAAUCAUGCUCAGCCUCUUUUUUCCCCUUGCUGUUGACAGAACAAUUACAAUUAAAGCUUUUGAUAUAAAUUAUGCUACAGGCAAAUCUUGCAGUGUCCUACCAUAAUUCAUUAAUUUGCCAAGUGUACUUGGUAUCUCAUUCGAAAAAACACUUUAUAGCAAGUUUUUCUGAAUGUCCUUCUGGUUUGGGAACUUAAAAAAUUCAAUACACUGCAAAUAUUGUCCUUGCUUGUUUAAUAUUUUACAUAGCCUAAUCCAGGUAUGUUUGGAAUUGGCUCAUAAUUAACACAUUAGGUGUUUGGUUUGAAGUGCCUUUUGCACAUUUUGUUGCAUAAAGGAAAACAACUAAGUACCAUUUUCUGUUUUUUUUUUAUUUCAUUCAGCUGUAGCUGGUAAGAAUGAUUAUUGUUUGUAUUUUUCCUUCAAAAGAAAGGUCCAUUCAAUUUUGGUAUUUUUAUGAGGUUAUUUUGCACUAACUAGCAGGGUGCAAAGAAAGUCAGUUUUACAGCCUGCCAUUCGGGCUAGCUGUAGCUAGCAUGUACUAGCCCACAAGUUAUUUCAACUAACCCCAAAACCCUUUUUGAUUAGCAGGAUUCAUUACAGUCCUUCUGUUUUGAAUUUCCCCACAAAAAAGCACAUGCCCAUUAGGCAAGUUAAGAACAAAAAUCACCAGCCUGAUAGCAAAAUCCACUAGCCCCGGCUAUCGGACAUGACUUUCUUUGCAUGCUGAACUAGGCAGUUAACUGUUAUCCUCUCCAAAGGCUGUCUAACAGUGAUUACAAACUGCACUUUUUGUAUGAAUUGAAGUUCAGUGUACAGUCACUGUAUUGACUGUAUUGUUGUCGGUAACUUUCUGGGAAUGGUUUGUUGAAGUUUGCUUGCUUUGGCAGUAUUAAAUGUCUAUUAAAAGAUAAUUAAAAAGCUACUGCAAACCCAGAGGGCAUUACCACAGGGAUAAGGUGAAGGGUACGAAAUUGAAUGUGUGUCUUCUGCUUUACAGUUUUUUAGCACAGUGAAAAGGAUGGCUUCCACAUUGGCCAAAGCUGCACAGCUUCUUAAGCAGCCAGAGAGAAAGGUAACACACAUAUAAUGCACAGGACUUGUUCAACUUUUGAUUGAAAUAAAAUAUUUGUAACAUGCAGGGCGCAAUGGUGCCCAAAAGGAGCACCAGGUUUCUAAUGUAAACUACAAAAAAGAUGUACUGUAAUAUUUAUAAUAAGGUAAGAAUUUAAAUCAGUGGCUCUCUUCAAUUCCUAACAGACGGGAUGAUGAACAAUAACAUUGAGUCUUGAUCAACUAAAUGACAGGUUCACAAUGAAAGUUUUUAAACGCCAUCAACUCAUGAUGCUCUACUGACUUUCACCCUGAAGAUUCAUGACUAUACCGGACAGAUUGUGGAAAUGUCAUUCACUGUCUGCAACAUUAUAUAUAUAUAUUAGACGUUUUUUUGCCUUACUUGAAAGUAUUGUUUUUGAUUUAAUAUUCUGUUUAGUUCUUUAGAAUUAAAUGUUUUUAAGACUUAAUUUUUUCUAUGUUUCAGGUCUUCCAGCACAUUUCAAUAAUAUUGAUAAAACUGUAGGCUGUAUUACUCUUGUUUUUUAUUUGACAUAUCUUAAAGAUGUAAUUAAAAGAGGGUAAAGAAUUUUAGCUAUAGGGGAAACCAUAGCCUUCGCCACAGGCGGAACUAAACUUCUGGUUAGGUCCGUCUGCAAAACAGUGGCAAAGUCCUUUUUCUAGGCCGCCAUAGGCCACCUGGUUUGAGUACACGCCAUCAUGAUUAGCCCCUUAAAAAUGUCAUUGUUGAUUUGCUAAUCAGUUUGAAGGGAAAUUCAAAAUGCAUUUCCGGUAAUAGGCUAGGGGGUUGUUGGGGCCACAGAACGAGGAUAUUGGCACUGCUUCUCGGAUGUAACCAACCAGGCUCGAGUAAGUCUGCGACACAGGCUAGGGGAGCCAUUAUUUUUGAAAUUCUGCAGGACUGAAGUGUAUUAUUGCAGCUAUAGAAUUUUAUGGGUGUCUUUAUUUCUACAGGCUGCCAUUAAACAGAUGUCAGAUCCAGCAUCAUCAGGCAACAUCCACCACACAAAAGUGUCACUGAUGAUAAAACUUCCUGACAAACAAACAACCAUCAUGUCUGUUCCUGGAUUGUGAGUAUUUUGAUGAUAUUGUUGAUAUAAUAUUUCUAAUGGGCCACAAAGGCCAUAAACUUGAGCACUAUAAUAUAGCUUACCAUCACACUCUCAAACACAACUCAAAUACAGUCACUGUGAAGUCCCAUGACUCCAGUGGAUGUACACUUUAGAAGUGUGAAAGGGGCUCUAGCCAAAAUGUGUCUCGCAGUAAUUUUUGUUACAUGGAUCGUUACUGGGGACACGCUGGUCAACCAUUGGCCGAUUUUUUCUGUGUCCUUAGUAAUACUCCCAGAAGUUUUUGUGAAAGUUAACUUGGUCCAGUUUCCUCUCGUCUCUAAAGUGGCGAAUAACAUCCUUGAUCUCCAUAAUUCUUCAGAUGAUACGAAAGCCUCUUUCAAUAAAUUAUUGUUUUAUUGUUCAUUCAAAAUAAUUUGUAAUUUUAAAACAAGCACUGUAAAACAUGCUUUCCUCCAUUGUUGUUAAGUUCAUCUUCGAUGGUGUAAGUUUAGGAGAUAAAGGUUUGUUCAGCUCUGCAAAUGUUCUCCAAAUAGCAGAUGCUGCCGUUGAGUUGUCUUCUUGCUGUUCUUGCUGUGUUUUUAGCCAGUAGUUUACCUCUUUCUUCCUUGUGAAAUGAGUGAAAUGUUCUGCCAUUUUGUAUCACUACCAAAACAACUCAACCUCGUCCCCAGGUCCUCUUGGUUAACCUUUCAAUAAUCUGGCAAUUUUGCUGCACGAUUGACGUCAUCAAUUCACGUAUUGCAAAAUUCUUCCAAAUUUGGUCGACAGUAGCUAGUUAUGAUGAAUUAUGCGUGGGAUUUUAGCCAAUAGAAAUGGAGAAAUAUUUUGAAUGAAUAAUACUGUUACUUAUCAUAUGCAAAUUCUUAAAGGUUGACCAUGAGUGAGCUAUUUGAAACAAUCUGUGAAAAGGAAAAUCUGAACACCGCUGAACAUCAGCUGUCAUUACCGAGGACAGGAGCAAGAAAAGUCACUUUUGAUUCCGGAACAGCUGUUGGUUCCCUCACGAUUAGAGAGGUGUCAAUAAUUAGAACUGUGCUAUCAGCCAACAAUGUUGGAAGUGCAGAGGUUGAAGAAGGGUCCUUUGAGGAUUUACUUGAUGUAGAAGGAGAAGAGGUGAUUUGUUUCUUCAUCAGUCAGAGUUCAUAAUCCUCGGUCAUGUUUGUAAAUAGCUAACUGGUUCCUCCUGCCAGUUGGGGGUUUUGAUCUUGUUAUGUUCUAUUUGUAUUAUUUGUUUCUAAUUAUUUAAGUGGAGCACCUGUAAAUUAGCUGGAAAGCCUCCUCAGUGUAAACAAAGCUUAACCUUUUACAGCUGAUUGAGUAAAAUAAGCGGGGCUGUUAUUUAGAGGUAGGGCCGAGGAUUUCUUCCAGGUACUUUCAUAGGAAAAUAGAAGAAACAUAGCACUAAAAGAAAUCCCUAGCUGUUAGAUUCCCCACCUUCUUGUUGUAUUUAUCCGGCAACUUGAAAUCCUAGUGACAUCCCUGAAUAAGGGCCUGUUUACAUGGAGGUGGGGGACCCCAAGUAGGUGAGGUAACCCGCCUGUCCAUACAAUCUCUCAUUUUAAUUUGAUCAUGAUUAGAGAUUAUAUGAAGAGGUGGGUUUCACCACCUAAGGAGGUUAGCUCACCCACCUGGGGUCCUCACCUCCAUGUAUACAGGCCCUAAAAUGCAACAGUAUUCAUUUUUAGUUAUUAAUUUUUAUCACAUUGGUUCUUUAUAGAACAAAAUUCUUCACAUCUUUCUUCCCAAUGGGACAAGAAAGUCUUACCGAGUGUCUACAGACAUGACCAUGAAACAGUUAGUGAUGAGAGUUUGUUCACGGGAAAGGCUUAAUCCCCGUCACCACUCACUUCAGUACAUCGACUUUAAACAUGAGUUUUUAGACAUGACAAGCACCGUGGAUGAAAUUGAAGUCAACCAAAUCAGACUUAUGGAUAAAAGAGGUACAUAAAUAUGCUUACUUUAACUGCUCUGCACUCGGCUUCAAACAUGAACUGCGAGUUUAUUGAAUACCAUUUCUUUUUUAAAACUUUCAUCAAGAUCUCCUUGCUACUGGAUUAAUCUUUAGGCUUUUUUAAAAAAUUAUUUUCCUGAAGAAAAUCAGAACUAAAUCGCGAGUUAAACCAGCGUUUAUACCAUCAACUGACGUGAUAUACCUCUCUUUGACUCUGAAGGUGACUACCGCACAGGUUGUCGAAACGUCACUCACUGUCAACUACAGACCUAUUCGGGGACUACGAUCGCCCGGAAGAUCGUGCGUCACCUACUUACGUGCGUCGUGCGUCACCUACUUAUGAAAUUUUUCCAGGGCUUAGACCUUUCACAGUUUUAUCGUCAGUGUGUAUGUGGGCGAAUCUUGCCUGACAUCACUGUUACCAUUUUUGAUCCAUAGCAUGCAAGUUAACCUAUAGAAGGCGUCGCCGUAUGUACGCGUGCAAAUUAAGAUCAACAAUUUGAAAAGUUUGUUAACAGGAGCAAUUAAAGCAAGUUUCAUCUCCUCGUAGGAAACAGCUAAGGAAAUAGCCACCGUCAAAAACUGAAAAAUUUCUUGGUGGCGAAAAAAGAUUAAUGAGUGUAAUGAGCCACUUUCUAAAAAUUUCGAUUUUUUUUUCAGAUACAGAGAAUUUCAACGAAACUAUUAGGUACAAAGCGUUUUCACUUGACAUCACGGCGGUCAUAUUGGUGUUCCAAUAAUUAAACUGCGACCAUGUUGGUAACCUGUGAACAGGCCGUCCUUCCCUGUCCACCGAAUUUCGCUCCUCCUGAAAAACAGGACGCCCAAUCGCAGGUUACCAUGUUGGUGUUCCAAACCAAUCCUGUGGAAGUUAAAGUCUUUUCUAAUAUAAAAACUUUCUUUUGUUCCAAUAAAAUUUACAUAGCUGCCAGCCACCCGAGUGAAAACGCUCUAUAUCGAGCUCAUAUUUUUAGAGAGAACUAAUAUUGCCAAUAGAGAUAUUACUCUGAAAGUUUGAUCAGAGGAAGAUAAGCUUGUUAAUGACGCAAAAAGGAAUGCAAACAGACAUCCCAACUUCAGGUGUCAAGACACUCGAUAAGAAGUAAUUUCUAGUUUAUUAUUGUCUUUGAGUGUUGUGCGUGAGCAAAGUGAGGGCGUGUUGGAUUGAAUUGAUUGAUUGUUGGAUUCCGUAUUCUGGAAUAAGAAAAAAAAAGGAAUUGAGGUUGUUUUUAGAAAAUGAAAUGAAAUCCAAGCUUCAAUUGACUGCAAAACAGUCCGUAUUUUUGCGUAUUCAAGUACGCGCGAGCAGUCAAACAAAAGGUCUGAAAACGCGCGUAAGACUCUUACGCCACGCUUUACCAAUUUCUUUACUGAUUUUGAGAAAAAAACCGACUCUUUUGCAGUCUAAAGCUUCAACAGCUUCAUUGCGGAACGCAUUUCGGCUCCAGUUCCUUUCUCCGGCAUUUGUGUGUAGCGUUUAAAUGGCCAAAAUUAUCAUGGUAGAAGAGAUUUGCAACGAAACGUUUGCGAAUGCACCCUGAGGCUGCGCGGCUGAGAGCUACAUGUGUAAUAUAAAUACCUGCUGUGUAAUAGUGGCUGUUUUUCUUCUUGGUUGUAUGGCGUAUAGUCCGUGUAAGUUCAGUCAUAUAAGUUAAGCUCUGCUGGUUUACCUAAACUGUUACAGUGUCAUGUGCUGUUAAGAGGAAACUCGCGCAAAUUCGCUGCAAGCUUUGUCAAAAUCCUAAUUUAUUUAUAAAUAUGCUAAACCGCUACAUUUGUGAGUCAUUCCUCAUUUCAUGAUUUUAUUCUUUGCCUUUUUAUUGACAUGUCACUCUCAUGUUUUCAUUUCCUAAUGCCAUUUUAGGACGUAACGUUUCCAGAUCAUCGAUAAGUGAUGAUAAUUCUCCAACUAAUGAUACAAAACACUUCAGUGAGUACACUAACAGGACACAGUAACAGAGCCAACUUCCUUACCACAGUAAUAUUUCCCACUCCAGAAACUAUAAGAGGAACAAGCUUUCAGCCAUGUUUCAGCGCAACAAUUUUUGGAAUGGUUUGGUUGGUAAAGCAUUACUUAUGAUUGGUUAACGGUUGCCUUGGAUACCAACGACCAAUCAUAACUUACCCUUGUCCAUCCAAACGAUUCCAUAAAUCACUGCACCUAGAGCUUGUACCCAUUCUUCCUAGAGUUUUUGAAGUGGGGAAUUAUGUUGAUAGGGAGAUUGCCUCAUAUUAAUGCAUUAUCAUCCUAUGCACUGAAUUCACGCAUCUGUUCAAUCAGUCAUCCUCUUCUUUAAUCACUCACGCAACCAUGUCCUUUCUUUCACUUUUUCAUUUUCCAUUUUCCUAGUCAUCUGUACAUCAGUCAUCAACACUUUGCUUAGACUAUUCACAGUUCCCUACUUUUUCGUAAGAUCGUCUUGGUCGAGUGCUUACCGAUACGGGCGACUAUCUUGGGUUCAUAUAUACCGAGGGGGAGGGCGUCGGGGUUUAUAGGAGUGAUGGUGGGGGUAGGGGGCAGAUUUUCUUUUGCCUUCUCCCAAACCAUCCCCCUCCCCUUAAGGGACUGGUCAAAAAGUAUAGGGGGGGGGGGGGUGGGCCGGAGCAUUUGGAAAUAUGGUUGAUAAAAAACGCAUGACCCACCCCCUUCCUUCGGCACAAAAAUGACUGACCCACCCCUAAAGCAAGGUUGGAAAUUGCAUGACCCACCCCCUAGUUAAAACAUGGAUGUUCGGUUUCCUCUUAAUAAUCCAAUAAAACCUUGUUCUGUGCUUUACAAAAUUUGUUGAUACACUGCUACAAGCAAUAUCAAAAUCACAGAAAUCAUACCUUUCACUAAAAAGACAAAUGUGAAAAACCGAACAUUUCUUGUUUCAAGGGACGUUAUGAGUCUUGACACAAAUAUACAGCAAAACGAGGGUAUAUUGAAUUUAUCUGUCACAAAGCAUAUGAAAAUUUCAACAAAGACAACCCAUUCCUACACAUUACUUGCCGGAAAUGCUUAGAUUAAUCCUCAACGAAAAUUUCUUCCACUUCAGUGGAAAGCAAUACCUACAAAACCAUGGAACUGCAAUGGGCACAAAGACAGCAGUUUGGAUUCUUUUGCCAAUAUUUUCAUGACAUAUAUUGAAACAACAACUCUAAGCAAAACUGUCUUUGGAACAACAGUUUGGAAAUGCCACGUACACGAUAUCUUUGCCCUAUGGGACAUGAGUAAACCAGACAUCGAAGCCUUCAUUGAACAAGCAACCUUACAUCACCUAACUAUUGAAUUCACGGCCGAAACAUUUGACACUGAGACUGCGUUUUUAGACAAUGUUGUAUACAAAGGCACAAGAUUCAAGGAAAAAUCUAUCCUUGAUGCAGACACAUUUUAAACAAACGGAAAGCUUCUUGCACACACAUUUCACCUCGUGUCACCCUCCAAAUGUUAAAAAAGAAUUUGUAAAAGGAGAAGCCUUAAGAAUCCUACGAAAAAACUCCUCAGAAACAACCUUUGAGGAAAAUAAUUCAAAUUUAAAAAAAAACGACGGAGGCUACCCACAAUCUUUCAGGGGCACCCAACGUCAAUUUUCGGAAAAUAUUUGUUCGAAAGACGAUUUGAGAUCUAGAAUUUUCGGAACAUUUGUUGUAAAAUUUCUUGCUUGUCUGCCCCUCCUAGGAUUUUCGAACAUCUAAAAAAAUGGUAUAAUUGCCCAUUUUUAACGGAUUUUUACCCUAAGGUCACCUAAAAUUUUCGGGAGCCUUUUUUCUGGCUGAAAUUUUCGAAAAGUUAAGUUUUGAUCCCUAUAAUUUUCGUAUCACUAGACUUUCAGCUAGGAGAUCCGAACAGAUGAAAAAUUUUUAGGGGAUAAAAAUAUGCCUAUAUCUACUCUUUAAAUACUAAAAUACGUUUAACAAUGCUAUGUUUAAGUGGUUUUGAACCAUAUUCUCGUUGGGUGCCCCCUAUCUUUGAUAGAAAACCUACUAUCAGAAAUAAAAUUCACAAAAGGGAGUCUAAACUUGUAAAACAAAACGACAAGGAGGAAAAAGAAAUAUUGCCAUUCGUGACACAAUACCAGCCCUCAGUGUAGAUACUAUAAAGGAAGCUUGAAUGAAAAAAUGGAAUCUUAUACAAAACCAACUAUACCUUCAAUAAAUUUUAAAAGAACCCCCAAUCAUUUCCUUACAAAAAAGGAAAAUUGUUAACGGAACAUGCUCGUUAGAGCCGAAAAAAAAAAAGGUUGACAGAGGGUUCCACGCCCGUAUAGAUGUGCGGCCUGUCAUAUAACAAGUGGCCUGUUAUAUAACAAGUGUAGUCAACUUUCUCGUUAGUAGUUAGUAAAAAAUAGGGUGACCCACCCCCUGAGGGUAGCUGAAAAUUGCACGACCCACCCCUUGCACAAGGCUCAAAACCUCAUGACCCACCCCUCUCUGCUCCGCCCCCCCCCCCUAUACUUUUUGACCAGUCCCUAAGUAGAUGGAUGGUCGCCUGUUCUGCAAAGCGCGCGAUCUCGACGAUCUUGCAGAAAAAUAGGGGACUGUGAACAGUCGACACUUAGUGUUCAUUUUUUGUUCAGCUUUUAUUCGCAAGAAGAGUUCCACUUUGCAUUGAAACGUCAUUACACCUUUUUUCGUUGCGACCGUGUGCAGUGGAUUUUUUUAACCUUUUCAGUAAAUUUCGUGGAUUAACAAGCCAUUUAAAUCACAGCGUGGAGUAUUGAGCCCUGCCGUGGUAACUUGAAGUAAAAAAAUUUUCAAAAACUGAUUUUGAAAGAAAACUGAGUCCUUUCCAGAGUCCCAUCGUAUUUAUUCAUUACUUCUGUGCGUCUUUUUGUUCUUUCAUUUCACAAUUGUGUCACUCGUGUUUCUAACCACUGACUCAUUCAUUGAUACAUUCAGUGGUUAUCCUCACUUUCAUCUAUUCAUUCCAACACUGAAAUUUAAAGGAUAUGCAUGAUUAUCUUAACCGCCAUGCUAAUAUAAUUGUAAUGCUGGUGCUAAUGGUCAGUUAAGGUUGAUGCUGAUGUUAACAUUGAUGUGAUGCGGACGCAAUGCUUUCCUGCUAAUAGUGCUUUACUACUAAUGCAUGUGCUAAUGUUAAUACCAAUGAAUGGUGAUAUUGAUGCUAAUGCCUAGACUAACACCAAAAUUAUGGGAGCUCUGCGUGAAUACUCUAACCUGUUGUUUUUACUAGCAAUGUAAUUGGAUUGAUGGGCAAUCCAGUCUUUCUCACAUUUGACAUAACCAGGCUAACAGUAGUCUACUACUCAGUCGUUCUUUUUGUCGUCACGCAACGCUCCUCUCACGUGUUACGUGACAACACAAAGAACGCCCUUUGUAGCAGACUAAGCUAACAGUGGCAAUAUAGUCGCCCGAAAUUUUAUUAAAGAGUGUGUGUAACAUAUCACGUUCUUUAAGCCAUAGUGAAACGAAACAAGCAGGAUAAUUGUGCAGUAUAGUCUCGUUCUUUAAGCUAUGAUACUAUGGUGCGACAAAACAAGCGAGAUGAAUGUGCAACCGAUCUCGUUCUCUGUGCGGUGAUGAGACGAAACAAGUGGGAUAAAUGAGUAAUAUAUCUUUUUUUUAAAGAUUUGAUGAAACGAAACAGGCGCGAUUAACAUGUUUGGAUGUUGUGGAGCAUGAUAAAAUUUUGGGCGAUUUGACUGAAAAUGUCGGGCGACAUAACUUUUAUUUCGGGCGACAUAACUUGGGGUGAAAUGACUCUUGCGUGACGUGACCGUAAACCCUCAAGAAGACAACAGGAGUCUCUGCUCGCAGGGUGGGGAAACGAGACCAAUCCUCGCGUGUCCCCAGUCCUCGCGUGCGACACCCACGCAAAGCUCAAGUGAUGGCAUCCUGAAAAGUAGCUGUCCUCCGAUGUGAAAGUCAGGUCACUGUUUAAUUAAAAUUUUUAUAUUUUUCUUCCAUCAGAGUUUAGAAAAAGUAGUGGAGUUGAUUUGGAAUCAGAUUUACCAUCAGUUAUUACCGGAGAGCAGAAGGAGACGAGCACAUCGUGGCAGAGAAGCAAGUCUCUGGAUGAGCUUUCUGAUGAUAGAGAGCCUGAGGUGUUUUCUGAGCCGGAUGGACAAGUGGUAGAUAAGGUAGUUUGCUUAAAGUUGUCCAUAAGGCACUCUAUAUGAAUAACUGGCCGUAAUACUUGAGAAUCAAUCGGACGAGUAACUAGUGGAAAAAGCAGUUCCAGGGGAGGGGGCCUGGGGACCUGCCCCCCCUUAUUUUUAGACCAAACUGAAAAAAAAUUUUUUGAGACUUCCUUCCCUCCCUCCCCAUUAUCUCAGGGUCUGGAUGACCGCCCCCCUUGUCUGAAGGCCCCCCACCCCCCCGCCCCCCCUGUCUGAAGGCCCCCACCAAUGUGGUUAGCGAAUCUCUAAAUUUGUGACUUCUCGCCCCGUGUACACGUCUCCUGAUAUCUGAGACUUCUGCGAUUAAAUACCCGCGAAAGUAACUACCAGAAAGGUACAUUAACACUCAAAAUGCGUUUUUUUUCUGUAGGUUAGUCCCAAACAUUCAACCGCCAAUGGUUCAGUUCCAUCUGCUGCGAGACGACACUCCAGUGGGUGCGGCUCCACUAAAAAGCCACCAGUCAUGCCAAUUCCGUAUGCGUCAAAGACAUCAAGUUUGCCUAAGAAACCUCCCAGAGAUAUGCGCAAUGGAAAUCUAAAGACCUCGACCUUUAGCCCGAUAAAAAAGGAUGGCAUCAUUUCGGCUUCUACCCCCGACUUGAGUUUGCUUUCUGCCAAGUCAGAUGACUCGCUUGGGAAUGGCAACAUCAAGACUUCUACACCUGACGUUAAGGCUAAACGCAGAGCCGCUCCGCCUCCGCCUCCACGCCCAGUAGCUCCCAGAGCUUUGUUUACCGACGGGAAACCAGAUGCGCCAGCAAACAAGCCUGGUUUGUUAAUGAAAACGUCUACACCCAUGCCUGGAACUAAUCCGUUAUCAGCCACUUCGGCAGCUGAUGUUAAGUUUAAGCCAAGUCACAAGAAAAGACCUGCCCCACCACGCCCACCUCGACCCGUCCCGCGCCAUCAUCCCGCGAGACGGGGUUCGACAGAGAGCAAGGACUCGAGAAGCUCUGAAGAAGAUUUCGGCAAAAAAGAGGAUGUAAGGCCACAAUUUAAGCAGAACGGGAAUAUCCCCAGAACCGAUCGUGCGGCAUUGUCACUAGAUCUUGAUCCCACCAUACGCGCUUACCGGGAGGAUGAGGAAGGGGAGGACGACUUGAGGGGUGUCCCUAUCUUUAUUCCUCCUCCCCCUCCGGAUGAACUACCACCCCCACUGGAUGAGUGUGAGACACCGGUGGGGCCUUUGACCGACUUUGAGGAAGACAUAUUAGAAGGUAACAACAUUAACGUUUUAUAAAACUCAAAACUUAGAUCUUUACUUCAAUGCUUGUUACUAACUCUUCCUCAAACCUUUCAGUACCAUUUUCUGUGAGGAAACGCUAGGGCCAAAACAGAGCUUUUUAGUAAAUUUUAGUGAACUGCUGUAAAGAAAUUCAUAAAGCCCUUCGCUGUCGCGUCUCCUUUAGCGUGACCGCUCGCUCGUGACGUUGCACGAUAAGCCCCAAAUGAAGAGCUUGCUCGCAGGUUAAUAUUCACCGGGGUUGUUUACCAUUUACACGGGCAAACCGGUCGGUCCACGGUUUAGGCAAUUGGUACUCAGAAUUCAGGACUGGUAAAUUUCGCCCCGGAAUCGCGUUUAUCAUUUGUACGAAUCAGUUCCAUUAGUAUAGGUAAUAGCAUGAUUUGUACUGAUAUUUGGCAUAAAUACCACGAGUGAUAUUUCGAAAUUGUUUUAACGAGACAAUUUUGAAAUAUCACGAGUGGUAUUUUUGCCAAAUAUCACGUACAAAUCGUGCUAUUAUUUGUUGAUACUACUACUUCUACUAAAAGGUUUGUAAUUUUCACAUGUAGGUAUUGCAAAUUUAGCUAAAAUACCACUGCUCUAAGCCAAUCAAAUUGCAGAAAUUUUCUCGUGUAGUAGUAUAAACCGGAAAACGACCGCGAAGGCCUGAAACUGGUAACAAAGAUGGCUUUGAAGAAAGGGAACACGAAUUUCUGUUUGGAAUACUCCGUCCGGAGAAAACAGGACUAUCUUUUCGGGUGUUCCGUUGUUUCCGGAAAUUUUCCACUGGAACGACCAAAAAAGUCAUGUUCCAUUUACUUUGCAACCGGAUUUUCCGGAAUCUUUUUGUAAAUGGUAAACAACCAGGGUUUCUUUGCGCACCAACCAUUUUAAAUUUCAAGGAAUAAAUCUAUUGCAAUGACGUUAUUUUUAAAUAUCCUUACAGUAUAUAGUCGACUGAAAUAGCCUUUAUAAUGUAAGGGCCAUUUCUUUAGAGGGUGUAGAUGGAUGGGGGGAUAAGGGAGAUAAUUAUAAAUGUUUGUCUUCUUUUUAUUUUCAUUUAGGCUCUCCAGGUGAACGCUUUCCGGUAACAGUCAACGGCUUUGUAGGAAUUGGGAAGUAUUUAGCUCCCUCUCAGACACAGACUAUUGAGAAGGAAACUGGGCAAAGUUCGGAGUUCCAAAAUCCAGCUCUGUGGUCAAAAACUGAAGCUACUCUGGCCACUGUUCCGGAGGAUGAUUCGAUUUCUGUCGUCCCACCGCCGCCAAUGUACUCAGAAACUCCGGAAUCAUCUUCAAGUGAAAUCCGGCUCGAAAAAGAACCUACCGUCGUGUCAAACAAGAGAAACUUAGCCUUUGUCUUUCCAGAUCUUAGCAACAAGGUCAGUACUCCAAGUCUGCCUGAUAAUCCACCGCCUUCAUUAGAAACAGAGGCCACAUCAACAAGCCAGCGCAGUGAAGAGAAAGGCCGCGAUUCGGGGCUUGACGAGAGCCCAGAAAACCUUGAUAUUUCUCCUCCUUCAGAUUCGUCAGAGAAUGUCCCGGUUCAGAGCUGGGAGGAUGUCGAUUCUGGUUCCAAUUUAGACGUCGUAAGUACCAUUCCCCCACCUGUGGAUUUUGCUACUACACGCCCACUUACCCCUCCCUGUCAGUUCGCAAAUGCUACUGUUGCACCCCCUGAAAAAUUUGUUGAAGAGGAAGUGAAAGGAAAAGAACCUGAGAAAGCACAACCUCGGAAGAAAUUGAAUGUUAGUGAAGCUUUGUUUCCAUGGAUGAACAAACCUCGAGCUCCUAUAAAUGCCACGGUACCGCUGGCAGUGUCCCUGGACAACAAAGGCGCUCCAGAGGAUGAAAUACCACAACAAAAGCUUCAAGAUGGCGAGAAGAUUUUUAUAAAUCAAGGCGAUGGAGAAAAAUCACAAGCUUCCUCUGCAAGUGCUGUUGUUUCGACGACAAGUAUCAUCGCAAGCCAAGGCCAUCAAUGCCAAAGUGAAGGCGGGUCGUCAACAAAAGAACUAAGCCCCAAAGAAGAGGAACAAGAAGUCAAAGGAGUAAGAGAAGUGUCAAAUAUAGAAUUAUCAAAAGCAUUGUCGUGUGAUGGUAGGGCAACACAAAAAGUUGAGUUGCCGGAGUCAAACGCAGUAAAAACAGAUGAAGUCGCAGCUGUAAGUGUCAGCUCGAUAAAAUCAGAGUGUUCUGGAUCUCGCAAUACUUCCAAUCCAUUGACAAACACUGUUCGCCCGGAAGUGAAAGCAAAGCCCACGAGGAGGUCUGUCUAUAAAGAGGAAAUCAAAGUUGAGCCUGCGGUCACUGACACACAGCAGACAGCCCCAGUAUUUUAUCCAUCCUUGGAAGUUGCAAGAGAAGAGCCAGAGACUACAGUUGCGAAACCAGAACCAAAAGUAGUAGCCGUUAAACCAGAAACAAAAAUCAAGCCAGUUAUUUCCGUAAAGGAGGAAGUAAAGGUUGUAAACUCCUCCUUAGUAAACAGACAACGGCCGGAGUUACCCUUUAAACCUGUCAAACUGGAAGUACAAGUCAAACCUGAAAAACAGGAAACGGAAGAAGAGCCUGUAACAGUGGUAAAACAAGAAGCUGGAGUUACAGUUGAGGUACAUACUACCUCGGUUAGUCACUUGCCUGGAGAAGAUACAAAAUCGGAAUUAGGGCUUUAUGUUGUAGAGAUCAAGCCAACCGUUAAAUCUGAGAAAACAGAAACACCUAAUCCAUCAGCACUUAUUAAAGAUGAAAAAGUUGACUUUGAGGCUUUUACACCCUCCUCAUGUAAUCCGGCGGUAAAUGAUAAAGAGAAAACAGAUGAAACAGAAAAGGCAAAGGUGCAAGUCAAGCCAGAGAAACUAGAAUCGAGCGUUAAUCCAGGUUCAAUUGUACUAGGGAAAGAAAUUAAGUUCGAAGUCGAUGCCCCUCAGUAUUCUGGAGAUUUAAGCAUUAAACCUCCACAGUUUGAAAAAGUACAGACGUCAUCGCAGGGUGAAUCUCUAAAGUCCGAAAAUGCAGAAUCACAUGAUGUUCAAGAGGUUAUAGUUCCACAGUUAAGACCUGUACUGGAAAGCAGUAUAAAAGUGGUUGACAAGGAGCAACCAGUAUUUGCUGUCAGUUCUUUGAAUGAAGCAGCAUUAGAGGCAAAUACUUCUCUACCGAAAGCGACUACAACGAUUGUUCCUAUAGGAAAUGAUGACGCUAUUGUGGAAUCCAUUGUUACUCCAGAGACUAAAACUACUCCCUCCCCGCAUGACACGUUCAAAGAUUUGGCCGAAAGGCUUCAGGAACUAGAUGAAGGCUCCGUACCCUCUAUAUCCAACUCGAAAACGUCCGGUAAUAGUAAGGCUGUCUCCGCAGCGUAUCACGAACCUACAGUUCCAAGUAAAGACCACUUUGUCGAGGACGUCAUCGUACCUGAGACGAAACAAGUCGAAUUCUCUGUAUAUAAUCAGUUUGAGGAGCUGCUGAAGUUGGACAAUGAAGAGAUAAAAGCUGUUGACGCUGGAAGUAAAGUAAAAGAGGAUCUGCCUGUUAAUGCUAUUGCGGAAGAGCAGUACCAUCCUAAUCAGGGGUCUUCAUCAAAUGAAGCUGCUGAUAGUGAUUUGCAUUUAGAUCUGUCAUCUCUACAGAAAUCUCCCGAGCCCCCACGCCCUCCUUCUUCGUCACCUCCCUCAGUGGUCGUCUCGCCUAGGUCAUCUGUAUUACCUUCUCCCAGGGAAUUACUCAGCGACGGGUCAACUGAAUCUGGGAUCUCCCUCACCGAGGAGCCUAGAGGUCCUGCCUCAUUGUAUACAAAUGAGAAAACGGAAUAUACGCCAGUUCAUACUUCCCAUACACAAUCGGCUAGAGAUACCGGUGCUGCGAGGCAGCACCCAACAGAAGAGAAACCUGUAAAAGCCCCUUUUAAGCUUCAGCGUCCACUUAGCAUGCCGGCGGGACAUCUAAGUGACUUAACGGGUGACAUUGUUCAAAAAGACCUCAGAUCGACAGUACAAUCAGACUCAAGAAAGUCUAGCACGUCUGAAUCGACUGGUGUUUCUUCGUCGUCUUUGCCUUCAUCUCCCGUCGAAAGUGAUCAACAUGGCAACACAGAACUAGUUGAUCUCCCCAAGCCACCUCCAUUUACGGUUCCACCUCUCAGGCGCUACUCAGAUCUUGCAGCUGACCUCAGCUUCGUUUCCUCGGCGGCGAAGGCCGCUGUGAAAUCACGCGAAGAUGCACCCGAGCCUAGCGCACCUCCUAAACCAGGUAACUCGUUCCUGAAGCGCAAUUCGUUUUCUGUUGAGGAGCGGCCCCGGAGUUGGGUGGGACCAGAAACAAGUAGCAAAAACGUAGAGAAAUCCCAGGAAAGUGUCGCGAAGCCUAGUGCACCUCCUAAACCAAUUAACAGUGCCCUGAAGCGAAGCUCGUUUUCUGUCGAAGAGCGUCCCCGGAGUUGUAGGGUACUAGAAACAAACGACAAAAACGUGGAGAAAUCCCAGGAAAGUGUAUCGAAGCCUAGUACACCUCCUAAACCAAUUAACACUGCUCUGAAGCGAAGUUCGUUUUCUGUCGAAGAGCGUCCCCUGAGUUGGAUGGGACCAGAAACAAACAACAAGAGACCAGGGAUGUUUUCUUCGGCUUUCAAGCCGGUGUCAUUUAGUGUACCGGGAAAGCCCGUUGCUCGUCCAGUUGAAUUCAAUGCCAAGCAAUUUAACACACCAACUGCAUUGCCGGGUGCACCAUCUGCGAACAACCACGUAGUGUCCAUAAAUGAAAAGUUACAAGUGAAAAGCUCUCUUAAAACGAGUGACGAACCACAGAAGCCUACCCUUGUAGAAGCAGAAAAGCCUGAGGGGAAUUCAAAGAGUGUAUCUUCUCUGGCCCCUGAGGUUUCGCCGCUAUCCAUAGACAAAACAACUCGCGCCCAUCAACCUACAUCAAUUGAUGCUAACAAUAAUCCCCUGUCAAAGAAAUCAGAGCCUCAUGAAACAAAGUACGAAAUCGCUUUUUCCGGCAGUCCAUCAGAAACGCAAAUUGCUUCCCAAGACCAACUUAACAAAACUGUUAGUGGUUCACGUCAGUCUUCUAAGAACGUGUCUGGUUCCAGCUCAAUUAGGGAGCAGAUAUUGCGUGACGCAUCUGGAGGGAACAAAUUCACGCGCCCCAGACCUCAGUCGGCCGUUUUUGGUGGCUCUAAAUUCCAAGUCUUGUCCUCAGAUGAGAAGACGACUGGUAUGAAUGGAGGCAAUUGGGCUGACGUUAAGAAACUUGCAGCUCUCCAAUCAGGCUCUACAAAGGGUGUGGGUGCAUCUUGGGUGAAAAGCCAAGCAAAUGAGCCGAGCAAUCCGGAUUUGCCGCACGUUGCACCUAGGCCAGCCCCACAAGAAAAGACCGUUAACCUGAAGCUGCAUUCAAGGGAAGUAGAAAGUAAACCACUGCCCGUGAAUACUGUUGGUGGUAAACAACAGCAACAGGUCGUAGCUGAUACCAAAAAGCACCCUGUGAAGACAACUGACACCACGCCGCAGCCAGUGAAAUCAACUGCUGCUGUCACACCCCAGCCAGCAGUCAAUAACGGAUCUCUCCCUAAUGUUGUCAUGAGAACCAAGACGGGGCCACAUGACCUUACCAAGCGUCACUCUGUGCCUACCUACAUCAUCGAAGGAGCUGAUGGGAACCAACCGCUUAAAGUUAGUGGCGGUGGAAGGCAGGUAUGAUAUGCCGUUAUUUAGGGCCUGUUUACAUGGAGGUGGGGGGCCCCUGGAAAGUGAGGUAACACGCUUAGGUGGGAUAACCCGCCUUUCCAUAUAAUCUCUUUUAUGGUCCCCUUACCUAUCAUGUAAACGUGAUCAAAUAAUAUGGACAGGAGGGUUCCCCACCUCAGCGGGGUACCUCACUUACGUGGGGUCCCCUACCUCCAUGUAAACAGGCCCUUAGCCUGCGUAGCUGGCGCAAUUGUUUUUGCGCGUGUGUUUAGAGUUUUUACGCGUUUUUUAGAAUUUGGCGGCUUUCGCGGCCGCCUGUUCCGCCUAUUUCCCUUUCGUAAACGGUCGUUGCCAUUUUUAACGGUCGAUGUCACCACCAACAACAAAAACAACAGUUUAUUCAAUGACCAAAUAAUUUAAGACUAUGUUACCCACAAUUAGCGGAGCUAUUCCGGGUGGGCAACAAUACAAAAUUGUCUCCUAUAAAGUCGGCAAAACAACGGUAAGUCAAGAGAAAGCAAAAACAAAAUGAUAUAAAUAAAAGAUAGAACCUAUAGAUAUAAGGAGGGAAAACCCUUUAACUGAAUAAGGAGUUCGGGUAGGAACUGGUAAUGGUACUCAUAUUACCAUUGGUAACCAAGCCUUUAGUCGUGAUAGAUGCAAUAUCUUCCCUGGAUUAAGGUACAAUAAGGCAAAUAAUACGUUUUUUAAUAGUCUUAGAAAAACAACGUUAAAAGUUAUGGAAAGGGUCAGCGUCACCUCUUAUUGAUGUAUCAGUCAAGAAAGACAGUUUUCCAGUUUAUGCACUUAAAUGUUUCUAAAUUUUGGCGGAUCAGUCUGGUAGCUAGUGUAGUGGUAAGGGAGAGAGAGAGAGAGUUUGCAAAUAGUAAUAUGGUAAUAUUACCCCACCUCUUGUGCCUGUAGAGACAUUUAUUUUCUCGUGCUUUUAGUGUCACAGAAUUCUGACACAAUUUCUGGAUAAAUGUGAAACCCUGUGGGUGUGGUCCCCCGGGCUAUGGGAGAGGGGUGGUGGGUUGAGAAGAGGACACCUUACGCAUAGACGUGACUGAUUCUUAGAUGUUUUUUUUUCACAGUUUAAUUUCGUCAUGCAGAAAGUAAAAACGGACACAACUGCAGAAAGUUGA